AAACACUAGCACGAUAUUGCGCGUGCCACCCCUCGAGGCGUGGGCAACAAGAGGAACGAGUCUGGACUCUGGAGCUCUCAAUAUGGUCUCCCGUACCAGCAACCAGCAGCUCCUGCUGAGCCUGUUCGUUGUCCUUGGAAUCCACCAACUCUCCUGCUCCCUCGCCACCAGCAGCAACCAAACUACCAAGCCACCGGCAGCCGCUCCGUGCCGGCCGGACCAGUCCUCGGCGCUGCUCCGGCUCCGGCGUUCCAUCUCCACCACCACCGACUCCACGUGCACCCUCGCGUCGUGGCGGAACGGCACGGACUGCUGCCGCUGGGAGGGCGUCGCCUGCGCCGCCGCCGCCGACGGCCGCGUCACCACCCUCGACCUCGGCGAAUGCGGGCUGCAGAGCGACGGCCUCCACCCGGCGCUUUUCGACCUCACCUCCCUGAGGUACCUGGACUUGUCCACGAACACCUUCAACGAGUCAGAGCUCCCGGCCGCCGGGUUCGAGCGGCUUACCGAGCUCACCCACCUCAACCUCUCCUACACCGACUUCGUAGGCAAGAUACCGCACGGGAUGCGGCGGCUCAGCAAGCUGGUGUCUCUGGACUUCACCAACUGGAUCUACCUCGUUGAGGGCGACAACGACUACUUCCUGCCGCUCGGGGAUGGGAGGUGGCCUAUCGUAGAGCCAGACAUCGGAGCGCUCGUCGCCAACCUCAGCAACCUCAAGGAGCUUCACCUCGGCAACGUCGACUUGUCUGGCAACGGGGCAGCGUGGUGCAGUGCCUUCGCUAACUCCACUCCCCAGCUCCAGGUUCUCAGCCUACAGAACACCCACAUCGACGCUCCGAUUUGUGAGUCGCUGUCAGCCAUUCGCUCGCUGACCAAGAUCAACCUGAACUACAACAAAGUGUACGGCCGGAUUCCAGAGUCCUUCGCUGACAUGCCUUCCCUCAGUGUUCUUCGUCUUGCCUAUAAUCGCCUCGAAGGACGGUUCCCCAUGAGGAUCUUCCAGAACAGAAACUUGACGGUUGUUGAUGUCAGUUAUAAUUCUAAAGUAUCCGGUCUACUGCCCAACUUCUCAUCUGCCAGUAUUAUGACGGAACUGCUUUGUAGCAACACUAACUUCUCUGGUCCCAUUCCUAGUUCAAUAAGUAAUCUCAAAGCCCUCAAGAAAUUAGGUAUUGCAGCAGCUGACGACCUACACCAGGAGCACCUCCCCACUUCGAUCGGUGAGCUCAGAUCGUUGACAUCAUUACAGGUUUCUGGGGCUGGUGUGGUAGGAGAAAUACCAUCUUGGGUCGCAAAUUUAACUUCUCUGGAGACUCUACAGUUCUCGAGCUGUGGCUUAUCUGGCCAAAUACCUUCAUUCAUAGGUAACCUCAAGAACCUGAGUACAUUGAAAUUGUAUGCAUGCAACUUUUCUGGCCAGGUUCCUCCACAUCUAUUUAAUCUGACUCAACUACAGAUCAUAAAUUUGCAUUCCAACAGUUUCAGUGGUACCAUCGAGCUCAGCUCGUUCUUCAAAAUGCCCAACAUAGCCAGAUUGAAUCUUUCAAACAACAAGCUUUCUGUAGUAGACGGAGAAUACAAUGCUUCAUGGGCAUCCAUCGCAGAUUUUGAUACUCUAUGUCUAGCAUCUUGUAACAUAUCCAAGCUCCCUGAAGCCUUGAGGCACAUGGAUUCCUUUGCAGUUCUUGACCUUUCAAACAACCACAUCCAUGGCACUCUACCUCAGUGGGCAUGGGAUAAUUGGAUCAACUCUCUCAUCUUGAUGAACAUAUCACACAACCAAUUCAGCGGUGGUAUUGGAUAUGGCUCUGUCAUUUCUGCCAAUAUGUUUGUUUUUGAUAUUAGUUAUAACCUAUUUGAAGGGCCUAUACCUAUACCAGGACCACAGAACCAACUGUUUGAUUGCUCGAACAACCAAUUCUCAUCCAUGCCAUUCAAUUUUGGUUCUCACUUAACUGGUAUUUCCCUUCUCAUGGCUUCCGGAAACAAUUUGUCCGGAGAAAUUCCACAAUCAAUCUGUGAAGCAACAAGCCUUAUGCUCCUUGAUCUCUCCAAUAAUAAUCUGCUUGGCUCCAUCCCUUCUUGUUUAAUGGAGGAUAUGAGUAACCUCAAUGUAUUAAAUUUGAAAGGAAAUCAACUUCAUGGAAGAUUACCAAAUAGCCUAAAGCAAGAUUGUGCAUUCGAGGCAUUAGACUUCAGCGAUAAUCAGAUUGAAGGGCAGUUACCUAGAUCUCUAGUUGCUUGCAAAGAUUUAGAGGUUUUUGAUAUCGGGAAGAAUCUUAUUAAUGAUGCAUUUCCAUGUUGGAUGAGUAUGCUUCCUAAACUUCAAGUCCUUGUUCUAAAGUCCAACAUGUUCACUGGGGAUGUGGGGCCAUCUAUUUCAGAAGAUCAAAAUAGUUGUGAACUUGGAAAACUUCGAAUUAUUGAUUUGGCUUCAAACAAUUUCUCUGGAUUAUUGCGAAACGAAUGGUUUACGACGAUGGAAUCCAUGAUGACUAAAGAUGUCAAUGAGACGUUGGUCAUGGAAAAUCAAUAUGAUCUACUUGGUAAAACGUACCAGUUCACCACUGCGAUCACAUAUAAAGGAUCUGAUAUAAGUUUUUCUAAGAUAUUGCGGACCAUUGUCCUUAUUGAUGUUUCGAAUAAUGCAUUUUGUGGCCCUAUUCCUGAGUCAAUUGGGGACCUUGUUCUACUCAGUGGACUAAAUAUGUCACAUAAUACCCUCAUUGGACCGAUCCCGUCCCAGCUUGGCAUGCUACAUCAACUUGAGGCACUAGACUUAUCUUCAAAUAAACUUUCUGGGGAGAUUCCAUUGGAGUUGGCAUCAUUGGACUUCCUUUCAGUAUUGGAUCUAUCCUACAACCUGCUACAGGGAAGAAUACCUGAGUCUUCCCACUUCUUGACAUUCUCUGCUCUCUCAUUUUUGGGAAACAUUGGCCUAUGUGGAUUUCAAGUGUCCAAAGCAUGCAACAACAUGACACCAGAUGUGGUUCUACAUCAGUCAAAUAAGGUAUCAAUAGACAUUGUACUAUUCCUUUUUACUGGUUUAGGAUUUGGUGUUGGAUUCGCAAUUGCAAUUGUCUUGACAUGGGGAAUCUCAAGGAGCCCAUUCUUACCUUUUCAAUGCACCAUUGCCAAGGAUAAUGUUCCAUCUCCAAUCUGUCUAACUCCUUUACCUAAUCAACCAUGUCAUCUCAAGGAGGACCAUCCCCAUCUUCCCAUUGUUGAAGAACUAGAGGCUCCUAAGCUCCGUUGUAUGAGCUCCUCUUCAGAACAUAUUUUCUCCAGUUAGGGGUAUACACAUUUUGGCCUUCAUUUAAAAAACUAGAGGCCUGUAAGCUUCGUUGUAUGUAAUUAUUUUUAUCUUAUCUUUAUCUUAUAGUUACAACAUGUUAUAGGUGACUUAAGGUUGAGGCUUGGUAUGAAGAUUUCACUUAAGAUUUCAUAGUUAUUGACAAGCAUACCAAUAUAUCAUAGGAACGCACAUGCAAA